AUGUCUGUUCUGUGUCCCAGGUUACAGAUGGAGGAGGCAGCAGCAUACGCUAACAACCACCAGGGGGCAGCCCAGUCCCAGCCUGCCAUCGCACCCUUCAGCAAAUUUGAAGAGGAAAACCAAGGAGAAGCCCAGUCGACCCCCAGCCCCUCAGUGAGCCGCAAGCCCUUAGAGACGGACCGCACCACACGAGAGUUCAUCGACUUCCUCAAGACACUGAAACCUGGUAGGGAGAUCUUCAAACAGUGCCGGGCCUUCACAGAGAGCACGGCCUGCAAGAGGGACAAUAUACGACAAUCCCUUCAAGCUAAUAGUGCGCUGGUUCCACAGGACCUGGGUGCUGAUGAGCUGUCUGAGUGUGGUCAGGACUUCUACCAGAACCUGUCAGACCACCUGCAAACACACUUCAAAGGGUCGUCGGAGCGCGUGGAGAGUGCGAUGGACGAGGUAGAGAGGUACAUGAUGACACGUCUCUACGAUGAGGUCUUUUGUCCUGAGACCACAGACGAUGAGAAGAAAGACCUGGCUGUUCAGAAGAGAAUCAGGGCCUUGCAUUGGGUCACCAUUGAGAUGCUGUGUGUCCCUGUGGAUGAGGAGAUUCCUGAGGUGUCUGAUAAUGUGGUCAAAGCCAUCACUGACGUGAUAGAGAUGGACUCGAAGCGUGUGCCCAGGGACAAGCUGACCUGCAUCACGCGCUGCAGUAAGCACAAAUUCAAUGCCAUCAAGACCACCAAGAAGAAGGCGGCAUCUGCUGAUGACUUCCUGCCCACCCUCAUCUACAUCGUCUUGAAGGCCAACCCUCCGCGACUGCAGUCCAACAUUCAGUACAUCACCCGCUUCUGUAACCCUAGCCGCCUCAUGAGCGGAGAGGAUGGAUACUACUUUACCAACCUGUGCUGUGGGGUGGCCUUCAUAGAGAAGCUUGAUGGCCGUUCUCUGAACCUGAGCGCUGAGGAGUUUGAGCUCCACAUGUCAGGCCGGGCGUCCCCCCAGCGGCCCCAGGCCGCCCCCUCCCCCCCAGGCAGUGCUGCUUUCAGCGAGAUGAACGAGCGUCUGGACCUGCUGACGGGGCUGGGCGUGAGGCAGGAACGCGUCAUGGAGGGAGCUCGCCGCCUGGAGAGUGACCUCAUCGUCGACUGGAGGGACGGGGUGGAGCACAAAGUGCAGGAUGUGUUGGAGAGGUUCCCCCUGGAAAUGCACCCCUCCGCCUCUUCUGCCAUAGACGCUGACAAUGUGGAGAACGACUUCCUGCCUCCUCCUCUCCAGCCCCAGUUGUUUGCCGGCUGACCCCCAACAUCCCACUACCCUGACCCUCUGGACUUGUUACUCUCUCUCUCUCCACCCUGGAAAGUGGCUCCUGUUCUUAUGCACAUAUAGGUUCCCUGUAAUGGAUCAAAGUGUAACUCCAACCCUCCCCAUUGUAUGCACACUUAAAAUAGAUGCAUGCAGUCGCCUGUACCCCAAUACUCUUAAAUAGACCACUUUCUUGGUCGGUCUUCAGCACUGAUUAGUAAGAGUACCAGAUAGGUUCAUCGAUGGUCAUGAAGGAAAGGAAGCUUUUUAAGACUGUUGGGACACAGACCAUUGAUCUUGUCCCCUGUAUUACUCCUGACUGAAUCCAAGUCUGAGUACAGAAGCCCUGGUGAGAGGCAUCUGUUAGGAUCAUGUGUAUGUAACCACAACCAAAUUUCCCCUGAAGAUGUCUAUAAAUAAGUGUGUGUGURUAUAUGUAAAUGCCAAACCUGUUCAGUCAUGCGCUCAGUUUAGAGAAGUGAUUUUUAUUUAUUGUGUGGAUAUUAAUUAUUGGAUGCAAUAAAGACACAA